GCCGCCGUCAGGAUGAGGGCUGCCCUGGUGCUGUGUGUGCUGCUGUGCGCCACGCUGGCCGGCGGCGCGCCCAACCUGCUGCCGGGAGACCCGAGGCUGUCCGACCCCAACCACCAGCAUCACCACGGCGACCACGGCCACGACGACCACGGCGAUCACGGCGACCACGGGCACCACGGAGACCACGGCGACCACGGAGACCACGGGCACCACGGAGACCACGGCGACCACGGAGAUCAUGGCGACCACGGCGAUCACGGCGACCACGAUCACGGGAAGCAUGGAGCUCACGGAGAUCACUCAGGAGAGCACGGAGAUCACGCUGGGGAGCACGGAGCACAUGGAGACGAGCACGACCAUCACGAUGGAGCCCAGGCUUCUGCCGAUCUGGGUGGCGUGUCUUCCGAACUGUUGCCGCCCUCCUCCAGCACCGUAGACUACGGAGCGGGUAUAAACGUAACACCGCGCAAGCCGGGGCACGUGGGACACUACAACCCGUUCCUGCCGGAAUACGAUGGACCUGCCGGCGGACGAACGGGAGCCCAGCGGACACAAGCGGCACCCUUCAUCAGCCAGCGGCAGGCUGCUCCGCGACAGCAGUUCCAGCAGCAGCCACAGCAGUACCAGCAGCAGCAGCAGUUCCUGCAGCAGCAGCGGUUCCAGCAGUCACAGUUCCAGCAGCCGCGGUUCCAGCAACAGCAGUUCCAGCAGCAGCAGUUCGUCACGUCGCGUCCCUUCAUCCCGAUCCGGCCGGAGGAUCUCAACCGCAACCCGGGCACGGGUAACUCCGGCCCGAAGGGUCCGGUCGCCGCCUCGUGCGCCUCGGGACUACUCUGCGUGACCGAGUCGAGCUGCGACCCGUACACUGGAUUCAUCGUAGGCAGCCUGGACCGUCCGUCGGACCCGUCGCUGCCGACGGUGGCCCAGCAGCGCUGCGCUCUGGCCGGCUUCAGCUCCGGCGUCUGCUGCCAGCAGAAGCCCAAGCCGUUCGUCGACCCCAGUGCCAACCUGAUCAGCGGCGCGAACGUCUUCCAGAACGGAGCGAGGCGGGGCAACGUUGGCACCACGAGCACGCAGUUCCGUCCCGUGCCGGCGGGCCAGAGGAGCGACUACACCAGCAACCCGUUCCUCAGCGGCGCCUUCGCCGCGCGCGACCGUGGUCAGAGCCAGACGUCGACCCCCGCCGGGCAAAGGCAGUUCGGCUCCAGCCUGGAGCAGCCCCAGAGCGGCUCCUCGGCCCAGGGCGCGGGGCAGAUCACCUGCAGCUUCGGGCAGCAGUGUGUCGAAGUAAACCGCUGCGGAGCCGACGGCUUCGUGACCAACAGGGCAGCGCUGGGCAAUCGUAGCCCCACCCUGACUACGUACUGCCGCACGACGUUCGGCGGCAGGGGCGUGUGCUGCCGCCCUCGGCAGCAGCAGGCUGCGCCGGCGGGCGUCCAGCAGGGCUCAAUUGGCGGGUCCGGGGCCUCAAGCUCGCCGACCUGCGGACAGAGCAACGUCAUCGGCGCGGCCAGCGCUCAGUCCGGCCAAGCCGGCUUCGGCGAGAUGCCGUGGCAGGCGAUCAUCUACUAUACCAACAACACGUUUGUCUGCGGCGCUACCCUCGUCAGUGAGCGGCAUGUCGCGACAGCAGCCCACUGCCUCAAGUACAUGAAGCCGGAUGAGAUUAAGGUGCGCCUCGGCGAGCACCAGAUCUUCUCGCUCAGAGAGCCCUACCCCUACCAGGACGUCGGCGUCUCCGUCAUCCACAUGCAUCCAGGUUUCCGCGAGGGUCCCCUGUUUAACGACGUGGCUGUGCUGGAGCUGAGCCGCCCGGCGCUGCUGGGGCCGCACGUACAGCCAAUCUGCCUGCCACAGGCCGGCCAGAUCUUCACCGGGCGCUGCCUCGGCUCCGGCUGGGGCAAGAUCGCCUUUGACGACGAGUACGCGGCUGUCCUCAGAAAAGUGGAGCUUCCUAUCGUCGCUUACAGUGUUUGCCAGGCCAACCUCAAGAAGUCAGGUUUGGGAGACCGCUUCAGGCUAGACAAGAGCUUUAUCUGCGCCGGAGGAGAAGAGGGAAUCGACGCUUGCAGGGCCGAUGGUGGCGGACCGCUAGCGUGCCCGGUGGACGGCUCCUACGUCCUGGCGGGCAUCACCUCCUGGGCGCUGAACUGCGGCGAGCGCGACGUGCCCGGGGUGUUCGCCAGCACCGUCACCGCUCUCGACUUCAUCCAGAGGAGCAUGGGCAUCGCCACCGGCCCUGCCAGCACCAGCACCAUCCAGCGGGCGAACCAGCCCGACAGAAAUGUCUCUUAUGGCAGAUAGAUGGAAAAAGGUGUCUUGAUGUUGCCUCUUCCACGUUCCGCUGCAGCCUUGCAGCAGGGACAGAUAUGCGGCGAUUUCGGACGUGACUGAUUACCGGGCAUGAGUUUCCGAAAGUCCUGAAUACAUCAUUGUCACGA